AUGGCUCCCGAGUCCGAGCAUAAGAAGAAGGUCAACCUGGCCGAUGUCUCUGGCGCAGAGCACCGAGAGCAGGAGCACGAUGUCUCGACCGCCAUCCUCAAGAAGAAGAAGAAGCCCAACCAGCUGAUGGUUACCGAUGCCACCAACGAUGACAACUCGAUCAUUGCCCUGUCAAACAACACCAUGGAGCAGCUCCAGCUGUUCCGCGGUGACACAGUCCUCGUCCGAGGCAAGAAGAGAAAGGACACCGUCCUGAUCGUUCUGGCUGACGAUGACCUCGAUGACGGCAGCGCUCGCAUCAACCGAGUCGUCCGCCACAACCUUCGGGUCAAGCACGGUGACGUUAUCACCAUUCACCCCUGCCCCGACAUCAAAUACGCCAAGAGAAUCGCCGUCCUGCCGAUUGCCGACACAGUCGAGGGCCUCACCGGCUCGCUCUUCGAUGUUUUCCUCGCACCCUACUUCAGAGAGGCUUACCGGCCCGUACGCCAGGGCGAUCUCUUCAUCGUCCGCGGUGGUAUGAGGCAAGUCGAGUUCAAGGUGGUUGAGGUGGACCCCCCCGAGUACGGCAUCGUCGCCCAAGACACCGUCAUUCACUGCGAGGGAGAGCCCAUCCAGCGUGAGGAUGAGGAGAACAACCUCAACGAGGUCGGCUACGACGACAUCGGUGGCUGCCGCAAGCAGAUGGCCCAGAUCCGUGAGAUGGUGGAGCUGCCCCUGCGCCAUCCUCAGCUGUUCAAGUCUAUCGGUAUCAAGCCGCCCCGUGGUGUCCUCCUCUACGGUCCUCCCGGUACCGGUAAGACUCUCAUGGCCCGAGCUGUUGCCAACGAGACCGGUGCCUUCUUCUUCCUGAUCAACGGCCCCGAGAUCAUGUCCAAGAUGGCCGGUGAGUCCGAGUCGAACCUGCGAAAGGCCUUCGAGGAGGCUGAGAAGAACUCGCCCGCCAUCAUCUUCAUUGAUGAGAUCGACUCCAUCGCCCCCAAGCGUGAGAAGACCAACGGUGAGGUCGAGCGCCGUGUCGUCUCCCAGCUGCUCACCCUCAUGGAUGGCAUGAAGGCCCGAUCCAACGUCGUCGUCAUGGCCGCCACCAACCGCCCCAACUCCAUCGAUCCUGCCCUGCGUCGUUUCGGUCGUUUCGAUCGUGAGGUCGACAUUGGUGUCCCCGACCCGACCGGCCGUCUUGAGAUUCUCCAGAUCCACACCAAGAACAUGAAGCUUGGUGAUGACGUCGACUUGGAGCAGAUCGCUGCCGAGACCCACGGUUACGUCGGUUCCGACGUUGCUGCUCUUUGCUCGGAGGCUGCCAUGCAACAGAUCCGUGAAAAGAUGGACCUCAUCGAUCUGGACGAGGACACUAUCGAUGCCGAGGUUUUGGACUCGCUGGGCGUCACCAUGGAGAACUUCAGAUUCGCCCUCGGCACCUCCAACCCCUCGGCUCUUCGCGAGGUUGCUGUUGUCGAAGUUCCCAACGUUCGGUGGGAGGACAUUGGUGGUCUCGACACCGUCAAGCAGGAGCUCAAGGAGCAGGUCCAGUACCCCGUCGACCACCCGGAGAAGUUCCUCAAGUUCGGUCUUUCGCCUUCUCGUGGUGUCCUGUUCUAUGGUCCUCCGGGUACGGGUAAGACUAUGUUGGCCAAGGCCGUUGCCAAUGAGUGCGCUGCCAACUUCAUCUCCGUCAAGGGUCCCGAAUUGCUGAGCAUGUGGUUCGGUGAGUCGGAAAGCAACAUUCGUGACAUCUUCGACAAGGCCCGUGCUGCCGCUCCUUGCAUUGUCUUCCUGGAUGAGUUGGAUUCCAUUGCCAAGGCCCGUGGUGGCUCCGUCGGUGACGCCGGUGGUGCCUCCGACCGUGUUGUCAACCAGCUUCUGACUGAAAUGGACGGAAUGACCUCCAAGAAGAACGUGUUCGUCAUCGGUGCCACCAACAGACCUGAGCAGCUUGACCCCGCCCUUUGCCGUCCCGGUCGUCUUGACUCUCUGAUCUACGUUCCUCUGCCUGACGAGGAGGGCCGUCUGGGAAUUCUGUCGGCUCAGCUUCGCAAGACCCCUGUGGCCAAGGAUGUCGAUCUCAGAUUCAUUGCAUCCAAGACCCACGGUUUCUCUGGUGCUGAUCUUGGCUUCAUCACCCAGCGUGCUGCCAAGAUUGCCAUCAAGGAGGCUAUCGACGCCGACAUUGUCCGCACCAAGGAGCGCGAGGCUGCUGGUGAUGACAUGGAUGUGGACGAGGAAGAUGUCGAGGACCCCGUUCCCGAGCUUACCAAGCGCCACUUCGAGGAGGCUAUGCAGAUGGCCCGCAAGUCGGUUGGUGACGUCGAGAUCCGCCGGUACGAGGCUUUCGCCCAGCAAAUGAAGAACGCCGGCCCUGGUGCCUUCUUCAAGUUCCCUCAGGGUGGCGUCGACGGCGACGCGCCGUCGGGCAGCAACAACUUUGGCAAUGCGGGCGAGGACGAUGGCCUCUACGACUAA